AUGCCUGGCGUCCCACCAAACGUAUUCUCCGAUCUGAAGGCCAAGAUCAAGGCCUUAUUCAAGGGCAAGAAGAGCAAGAAGGAGGCCGAUAAGCCCGCCGAGGCCACAACACCAGCCGAAGCAACUGCUACAACUGGCGAGGCACCAGCUGCUGCUGAGGCAACUCCUGCCCCGGCUGGCGAGACUCCUGCUGAACCUGCCGCUGCUGAGCCCGCUAAGGAUGCAGCCGCUGAAACUCCUGCUGCUCCUACCGAAGCCCCUAAAGUAGAGGAGCCCGCCAAGACGGAGGAGCCCGCCAAGGUCGAGGCGCCUGCUGCACCUGCUGCGGCCACUGCAUAA